UGGAACUGAAUACGCGAAGGUCUACAGCGUAGCUGGUCAUUUCGACAAAUGGCCGCUUCCGCAAGCAAUCCGUCCCUCACAGAAUUAAGCGGACAUUUGAAGGUCUAGUGCAAGAAUAAGCCAAUGUCAUGGACAUCUAUGGAGCGGAUAUCGCUGUCCGUUGUUGCCUGGUUCUCAUUUGGUACAUAUAUAUCGGUUAUGUGCUAAAAAUGAAAUCGUUGUUCCCGACACUGAAGGCAACGCGGAAACCGCGAGGUCAACGGUCCUUAAGGGUGUGGGGCAUGAAUCAUACCUCUUUUUUACCCGCACCAUAUCCUAACAGCCGACGAGCAUCUGUGACAGUACUUUGCUUGACGAAGAUGUCUGACAAACCGCAGCACCGACCCCCUACUAAGAAACGACAUUCCAAGCUACAGCGAUUACUGUGUUGUUCAAGUAGCUCAUCUGCAGUUCUCAGCCCAUUCGAUGUACAUCCUCCAACAUCCGCAUCUCAGCCAAUCAUCGGCAAUGGUGUCGCCUUGAAGCAUCGCCCUCACUUUAUCGCAUUCGAUGUGCCGCGGUUGACCACCAAGACGCCAUAUGAUCAUAGCGAAGAAGGAUUUUGGGACUUCCCAGAAAGGGCUGGAUGGAUGUUGGAUGGGAAGGCAGAAUACAGAAAGUUUCCGAACGGUAUUGAUUGGGAUACGAAGGAACUGGAUGAGAGGUACCAAUGUCGUCAGCAAUCAAUCCCCAAAGCAGACGCGUCUCGCAGGCCUCCGGAUUCGUUGAAUCUCAAGUGCUUCCGUAUUGACGGGAGUGACACCUCACUCAGUGAAGAGGUCGCCUUCCAGCAGGCUUGGUUAUUCUUUGGCGUUGUCGCUGAGCUUUCAGUCAUUUCCGGAGCCUCGGCGGUGCUGGCCGCUGAGAAGGUCCCUGGCACUCAGUCGGAAAUGAAGACUUCCACAGCGGUUCUCGACACCCUGCACCUGAAAUGGCUAAACGCACUGAAAGCAUAUAGUGCCGACGAACGGGACACACGUCUAAAGCGCAUGCUCCAAGUUGUCAAGCAUGUCCUGUCUUUGCAGACAGUCAUCUCUACCCAGAAAAGCGACGUCGAAGAACCCCGACUGCUCACCUACGAGGAGUGCAAGGUUCUCCUAUCUAUCCGUCUUUUAUUCCGAGCCAUAUUGCUCACGUUGGCUUUAUCCGGAGGAUGCGACUUGACGGAGCUUCAGUUCUUAAUGAAUCCUCAGCUCCAACAGUCAUUUCCUGCGAAUUGGGAUGAGUUGAAGGACUUCUCCAUUGACGAGAUGCUGGCGAAUGGUUGGUGCAAAAGCGAGUGCAAGUUGUUGGAACCCAUGGAUGGGUGCUAUAACUUCUUCGCAACUCGGCUCACACGGUGGCCGAUGGAUCACAGCAAAUGCAACGACUUCAUAUGUCGAGCUGAUCAGGUCAACGAAGAGACUUACAAGACAGUACACGUCGAGCCCCACUGUCAGUGCUCUGUCGUUACGGUUCAUCCUGAAGACCUCUGCAAGGUUUUGGAUAAGGGGAAGGUGCCGCGGAUCAUCAUAUCUAAGGACUUCAAGCUGUCAAUGAGCGAGAGCCAGCCGUACGCUGUUAUAUCUCAUGUCUGGUCUCAUGGACUUGGCAACCCUAACGAGAAUGCGCUUCCUUUGUGUCAAGUACGACGUCUGAAAGGUUAUCUGUCAGGUCUGCAGAAGGCUGGAGAACCAGACCUUGCGCUGUGGAUCGACACCCUUUGCAUGCCGGUGCAGGCGAAUUUGAAAGAACAGAGAAAGAAAGCGAUGGGCCUACUCAGUAAGACGUCCCAGGAAGCAGCAGCAGUAUUGGUGCUAGACCGGGAACUUCAGAAGCUCGACGAUCAACGGAUCUCGAUGCUAGAACAAAGCAUGAUGCUCGCAUUUGUUGGUUGGACUCGCCGUCUCUGGACUUUGCAGGAGGCGGCUCUUGCUAGGCGGCUCUACAUACAAACCCUCGGUGGGCCGUGUGAAGUGGAGAAUUCCAAGCCACCUGUAGACGACAAGGAACGCCUGACAUCCGACAUUUCUUUCCGGGAGAACAUCGAAAGCCUCAUGCGCGAUAGGAUUCCGCCGAUAUCAACCUUGCGGAAGUCUGUGUUCGAAAAAUCAGCAACUAUGUCUGUAACGACGACUGCUUUGCAGCGCCUCAGCUUCACUGUGAAACAUCGUUGCACGAGCAAGAUGGAGGAUGAAGCAAUCAUUCUAGGAAUCAUUCUAGGUCUUGAUGUCAAAGCCCUAUUGGACGCGGAAAACUUGGAUGACAGGAUGUCAAAGUUCCUAGCAAUGAUACGUGAAAUACCGUCAGACAUCAUCUUCGGAAACGUGGAGAGGAUUCAACAGGCUCCAUAUCGGUGGGCGCCGCGAUCUCUGCUCAACUUUCCAAUAUUCAACAUGCAGUCCUUUGGGCCUCCCGCAAUAUGUGACUCACGGGGGUUGCAUGCCCGAUACCAAGGGCUACUCCUCGAGAGCGCUUCACAUGCGCAAGCGGACGGAGGAAAGUACUACGCCUGCGAUCAAGUCUCUGGCAUGAAGUAUGAAUUUAGUAUACGAGAAAACCAGCCAGAUUUUGAGCUUUCAGAUACGCCUGCAUUGAUAUUCCGACCAUUCUUUAUCGGAGGGGAUACUGUGGUCGCGGACAUUGCACGCCGUUUGACUGAAAAAGACCAGACUAUACUGGAGGUCAAGGUAGUGGGUUAUUUGCAGAUGGUGGCGUCCGGUGGACUGGAUAUCACAGAUCGAAGGAUUUUGAAGGGCUCCCUGACAGAGAAAGAGCAGCGGUGGUGUAUAACAUGAUUUUCGUGUGAUUCAUUUCCUGCGCGAGCGUGAAGAGCGUGUAGCGCUGGAGUAAAGGGAUCCAUUUGUAUCCUAAAAUCACCAUAUUAGUUUGUCUUUGGAAGGACCAAUGGUCUGCUGAGCGGACGAUUUAUC